AGUAGUAGAUAUUAGAUGGUAAUAAAACCGCGUGAAGAAGCUUCCUUCUCUGUCUGCGUGCGUCCCCCCCUGUCUAUCUAAUCCCAAAUCUUCAUUCGACUUCUCUUGUCUUUGAUUCCUAUCCAAAUCUCUCAGAUCUGAAUCUCUCUCUCUCUACAAACAUGACUACCGCUUUAGAUAUGGCCUUAGACGACAUCAUCAAGACCAACAAGCAAUCUUCCGGAUCCUCCAACCGAGGCCGCGCCCGACCCUCCUCCGGACCCGGACCCGCUCGCCGCUUGUCCAACCGCUCCGCCAACCGUACGGGUCCCUAUUCUACUCCUAAGGCUCCAGAGUCGACGUGGCAGCACGAUUUGUUUAUGGAAGAGAAUUUGGGGCGAGCCUCUGCUAUUGAGACCGGUACCAAGCUCUACAUCUCCAACCUUGAUUACGGUGUUUCCAACGAGGACAUUAAGGAGCUGUUUUCGGAAGUUGGUGACCUGAAACGUUAUACAAUUCAUUAUGACAGGAGUGGGAGAUCAAAGGGAACGGCCGAAGUAGUCUUCUCCAGACGAGGAGAUGCUGUGGCUGCUGUCAAGAGGUACAACAACGUCCAGCUUGAUGGGAAACCAAUGAAGAUAGAGAUUGUGGGUACAAACAUUGCAACACCUACUGUAGCUCCAGCAGCUAAUGGCACUGUUGGAAAUUUAAAUGGGAUUCCCAGAGGUGGACAAGGGAGGGGCGGUGCACUAGGAAGGCCACGUGGCGGCAGUAAUGGCCGUGGUUUUAAAAGGGGUCGUGGACGUGGACGGGGAAGAGGCCGUGGUGAAAAGGUAUCUCAAGAAGAUCUUGAUGCUGAUUUGGAGAAGUAUCAUGAGGAAGCAAAGCAGAAUAAUUGAAGGCAUUUAUCUUUUUUUAUUGUUUGGCUAUUACAAUAUUCUGUGGCCGUUUGCUGUUUGGUGAUGCAACAACCUCGUCUAUUUUGUGUAACUUUACCAAAAUCCUACUACCUAGACAAAAGAGGAAAAACUACCCCUAGAGAGAACUUUUAGAAUCUUUGUUAUAAGGAGUUUGGUCUUUUAUUGUCGAUUGUCCCUUUGAUUUGGUAUAAAUUAAUGGACAGCUGUCAGUAUGUAAUCUGUACCCUUACUUUUGGUGUCAUUAGCUUCUUUAGUCUUCCUGUUUCCUUCAACAAGUUGGAGUUUGGAAGCUGGAACUAUUUUCUCUCUGGUUACUCCAUAUGCAAAGUAAACUUUGGCUGCAUUGUGGGAGAAUUGAGCCUUGCUGAAUCACCCACUGCUACAAUGUCUUUUGGUUGCGACUGCAUCAUAAAACCUGGGAGACUUCAAUUGAGGUAGCUCUCUUUAUGAUUUUCCUUGUCUCUGCACUCUUAUAACUGCUAAAGUUUUGUCCCGAGUUGGUAUGAUGCAGUUGAUUUUGUUGGUUAGGCUUUUUAGUUUGAUUGAAUUACGUUUUUUUUAUAUUCUGCCCAGGGAAAGUUAACGUUCCCUGUGUUUAUUAGUGUGGAUCUUUAAUCUAUCAUAGUAUCAUGUGGAAUCUUGUUGCUUCAGUUCAACUUAAUGCAGUUUUGGUGGGGAGACAUGGGUACAUGUAACAAGGUUGAUAUCUGUAGGAUCAAACUUGCAACCUGGGUCUAGUAGUAAGGAUUACAGAUUUGAGUUACAUUGAUGUUCAGAAUCAUGCGCCACUUUCAGGCUUUUGUCUGUGGAAGGAGUUUUGUAUAUGCCUGGAUUCUUGUGAAAAUCAACAGUUUUUGAGGACAAGCUCCAUUGUGGGGUUGGGAGAGGUAACGUCACUAGUUCCCCUGUUCAACUUAACACACUGUGGGGUUUGACAUCUGUACAGAUUGAACAUGGAGCCCAGGUCACGUUUAAGGAUUACAGGAGCAAGUUGGAGCAGUUUCAUUGAUGUUCAGAAUCAUGCGCUAGCCUAAGGCUUUUUGUCUGGGAGAGCUUUAUAUGUGUCUUGAUUGUUGAAGGUGACAAUGCUUGGAUUCUUGUGAUUAAGCAUAUACUCCAUUCACACAUUGAUAUUCUGAAUCAAGCACGCUAGCCUAAGUCUGUGGAAUGAGUUUUGUGCGUGUCUUCAUGGUUGAAGGUGACAAUGUUUGGAUUCUUCUGAAAUAAGCCGUUUUAAAGUACGCACUCCAUUCACACAUUGAUAUUCAGAAUCAUGCAUUAGCCCAAGGGUUUGUCUGUGGAAGGAGUUUUGCAUGUCUCUUCAUUAUUGAAGGUGACAAUGCCAGGAUUCUUGUGAAAAUAAGCAGUUUUUAAGUAUAUACUCCAUUCACACUGACAUCAGGGGUCAAGAUUUGUUGCAGGCUUGUAAAUCAUUAGGUAUUAAAAUACCCACACUGCAGCAUUUUCAAUGCCAACACUCUUCCAUAUUUUGCCGCUUGAUGGUGAAAGGUGGUAUGGGUUUUAGUAAUGCUGUCUUGGUUGAGGAGUCAAGUCUGAUCGGUCACUGGAUGUUAGUCCAUCGAAUGAUUCAUGUCUUGUUUCGUUGGUCAAUCCAUUGGCUUCUUUUAUGGGAAUAGAGUGACUUCUAUGUGCCUGGCUGAGGCAGGCUCCGAAUUGCUUUAGUGGUUGAUGCUAACAGGCUCGCAUGAGAGCAAGAACCUGCUUAGCUUAGCUUUUGCUCUGCUUCUGAUCGAUUUCAGUAGCUGCAGGAUCAUGUUUAGUACUACAUUCUACGUGGUAGUGCUCUGAAAUGACUGACGCUGCAUCUGCAUUCUGAGCUUGUCGGUAUUCCAAACUGAAAUCCAAAAAAAGAAUAGGCAAUGCUAGAAAUGCUUCUUUUGACUUUCAGUCUAAUUAUUAGAUAAUUCUGUUCGGUUAUUAUAUUAUGUUAACACAAGUAUGUCUUAAACGAGGAUGGUUCCAAGUUUGUUUUCGUUGCUCAAAUUGUUAUCACCCAACGCGGAGGUCAAGGUUUAAA